AUGCCUCUGCAGAUAUCAAAAAAUAAUCAAACAAGGCCAAGCGGACGGCAUCGACGUCGAUCUCGGCUCCGUUUGAUCGCUCCUACGACGUCACGAGCGAUCAUGGCGGAUGCUUCUGAGGAGUGCACUGAGCAAAACGUGAAAGAGCUCUCCGAGAACAUUAUAGGACAGCUGUGGCGAGUGGAGGCGAUGCUGCUCCUCAACACUAUCUUUGCAGGAGUCAUAGUUGGAAUUGGCGCCUAUGGCCACCGUUAUCGCCACUAUGGUUUCACCCGCUAUCUCAUGCUGGGGGUAACCACCUUGUUCCUACCCGUCAUAUCUUACGUCAUCUCGGCAAGUGGCUCAGUGGAUCAUCCCUUUCAUGUUCUUAUCCACGAAGAAUUGAUAGCCAAUUGCUGGGCACCAGGCCUGCACACAAGCAUGGUCAUAACAUCCACCUGCCUUGUUUUGAUUUGUGCUAUCAAUACAAGCCCGGUAGUUGCUACUGAUGAUCGAGAAGAUCGAAGUGUACGCCCCCCCUUUGAACUUCUUGUUCAAGGAAUUUGGAUUCUUUACCUAGCUAUCCCCAGCAUUGGUGGUGGACGAUCUUUUGAGUUCGCAAGAGCUUAUUUCAUAAUAACACCUUUUGCUCUUAUUUAUGCCAAAAUGGCAUUGAAAUGUUAUGCAUUUCUAAAGGCCCGGAAAUCCUUUGCACUCGGACGGAAUCCUCGUCUUAUUGUUGGAUAUAUGCAGCAACUGUUGCGAGAAGAAGGAGAUGAUCAACAUGGUGAGGAGGAUGUGAAUGUGCCUCCACCACCACUUGUAGUUACGGGUGAGGACAAACGGCAAGUCGAGAAGCAACCUGAACCUCAUGGUUACAUGUUCAGAAAUAACAUGAAGGCACUUCAAGAUGGCAACUUGGUGACCAUUGAAAGAGUUUGGCAGUUGGACACCAUGUUUCUGAUGCCAAUGCCACAACGACUGAAAGAUAUAUGCUUGUCAUUUGCAUUAUUCAAAUUGCUAAGGUGUCGAUUUGCAAGGUACAAACUCGCUAACGUUAUCACCAAGGAGACCAUCAAAUUCGUCAGAAGGGUCAUGCUAAAGGAUGGUGAACAUGAAAGAGCGUUCAGGAUGAUUGCAGAUGAGCUUUCUUUUCUUCAUGAUUAUUAUGAUUCACCACUCCCAGUCCUCUACCCAGGUAGCUGGUUUACUACAACAUUAAGUAUGGUCAUCUCACUCUUGAGCAUAUGUUACUGCAUACUUUAUGUUCUGGACGUCAUCAAAGAAGCUAGGAUAUUUCCUCAGGAGAGGGCCAUAAUUAGUUGCAUGUACUUCUGUUCUAUGAGCAAACUCGGGAGGCGUAACCAACGAGCAAUAAGGUUUGGACGUCUGCAUUUUGAUCUAGUGCCAGGUCUGUUACUCACUGUGUUCGUCGUGGUUGCUGAGGCGAGGGAUAUUGCUUCCCACAUAUGCUCUAGCUGGACCAAAGUAAUUCUCACCUGCCGCUGUGUGCGCCGUGCCUCCUUGAAGCUUCCCCCCGUCGUCCCAAAAUGGGUUGGCUGGUUGUUGCGAUGCAGAUGCGACUGGUUGCUGAGGCAUUGGAACGACAAAAUGAGACAAAGCUCAUUGCUGGUGUUUCAACGCAUGCAAUUUCACCAACUUGUUUUACCUGGCUGCCUCCUUCGUUUGCUGGACCGAAAGAGCAAUAAUGUCAAGGUACCAUCAGAAGUGAAGGCUUGCAUCAUCAACGCCCUAAGAAGUACUAGUGGAAGCAAUGGAGCUGGUCUAAGCAAAGGCAUGACAACCCUGCGCCAGAGCCAAAUUGGCAGAAGCUUACUCUGGGCCUGCAACAACAACAAAGGUACAUCUGACACCAUACUUGUGUGGCACAUCGCCACAGCCAUCCUUGAGGUGAGGCACCCACACCAUCAAGGAGAUGGCCGGCCUUCUUCUGUUUCUGACAUGAAGAGCGCCGCCACUCACCUGUCGCGCUAUUGCGCGUAUCUAGUGGAGUUCUGCCCCGAGCUACUUCCUGAUGAUGAUGCAUGGAGCAAGCACCUGUACAAGAAAGUCAAGAAGGAUGCCAAGCGAGCCCUUGCCACCGGCGGUGGCACACCAGUGUCGUCCAUGACUCCGGAAGCAGCGUACCAGAAGUUGGUCGAGUUGUUGGGCGCUACACAGAAUCAUGAGGUGCUCAAGGAUGCCGCAAAGCUUGCAAAGCAGCUCAGGGAGCUGGCUGGAGGCGAGGAAAUGGAGUGGGAGUUGCUGGCCGGGUUUUGGUCGGAGUUGAUCCUUUACCUGGCUCCGUCGGACAAUCUCAAAGGGCACCUGCAGGCCGUCGAUCGGGGCGGCGAGCUGAUCACGCUCCUCUGGGCCUUGAUCACCCACAUCGGGAUCAUCGACAGGCCCGGCGACACCGCUGCAAGUGCUCCAGCCAUUGGUGUUUAA